AGUGAUUGCAUAGCAUUGCAGUGAUUGUGUUGUGAACAAUGCAUUCACUAUAGCAGUGAACAGUUUGCCAUUGAAUCUGUGAUUGAGUUGUGUUUGUGUUUGUGUUUGUCAUUACAUGUAUUAUACUGUAGCCUACAGUGUGGCCAUCACUCACACCACUGACCACUGACCACAUCUGACAAUCACUACCACCACUACCAUCACUGUCACCAAAUCUAUUGCAUAUCUUAAUGAUUGGUCCAUAAAAUGAGAUGAGAUUUAAUGAAAUAAUCCUUUCAGUCAUAUCUGCAGUACUCAUAAGCAAUACAUUGAGAUGUGAUUCAGUGAUCACUAAUGUGUCCCAAAGUGAGCUCAUUGUGGCCCAAGUGGUGGCCAAAGACGUGGCCAAAGAGGUGGCCCAACACAACCACAUCACUCACACGGACCGCAACCAACACUUAUACUUCUGUGGGGAACCGCCACAAGUGAUGAAUGGUGUGUCAAAUCUGAUGCGCAAUCAAAAGCACAAUGUCUUCAAAGUGGGAGAGAUAGCCAUCUAUUCCUGUGAUGUGGGCUAUGAGUGGAAGUCCGGCAAACAAGAGACCCAAUGCGUGCUCAGCGACGACCCGUCACAUCCCUCUCACCCCUCGAGUCCUCGUUGGCAACCCAUUGACCUCAUCUGCGAACCUGUCAGGUGUGAAGAUCCGGGUCAUGUGGAGGACGCGACGCGCCGAGUGUUGGGUGACUUCCUGUACAACACAAACGUGAACUACGAGUGCAGAGAGGGUUUCCGUACGAUUGGGGCGCCGUUCCUGACGUGUAAAUCGGACGGCACGUGGAAUAGAGCCAAACCUAAGUGUCAGAAGAAAAGGUGUCCUCUAUUGGAAAGCCUACCGAACGGACGUAUUGUGUACAGCGAUGUUGACAGGAGGACAGACAGCAAACUGGAGUACAUGUGUAACCCUGGCUUCAAACUGAACGCCAUGAACGCCAUCAGGUAUUGCAGACAAGACGACUCGUGGAGUGAAGUGCCGGAUAUGAACGACACACUACUCGAGUGCCUUGUGGUGAGGUGUGAGCCCCCCGUCCGUCCACACAGUGGUCUUCGUGUUCUGCCCUCCCGUUCCAAAAGUGGCAACUCUUACAAACCGGGAGAUGUGAUCAUAUUCUCGUGCGAUACCAGUCAUAAGACAAAGGCCUCCUCCAAAUGCCUGGCGGACGGCCAGUGGUCUCGUGGGCCGCCCCACUGUCCCGAGAGGAGCAACUCAUGUGCAGCCAUUGGUGAGUUAGCUCACGGCUCCUACAACACGACCGCUGCCUCCAAGUUGUCGGUUGUGAAGGCCAGCACUCGACUCGACUUCUAUUGUGACGACAGCUAUAUCUUAGAGGGCUCUGCGAGUCUGACAUGUCUUUCAAGCGGUGUGUGGAACGGGACGGUCCCCAAGUGUGCCUUCGCCGGUGCCUUACGUGAUAGCCAGAGCUCUCGACUCACAAUUCUGAUCACAUCGAUCGCCGCACUGGUAGUGAUAGUCUUUGUGAUCAGUUGUGUUGUGGUGUGCCGUUGGCGCCAACAGCAGGUGCAGCGGCGCCGUUGGCAGCAAUACUUCGGUCAUUACAAUCACCGACAAAGCAAAACCAAUAUAAUGCUCAACCAAAACGAAAUGAAAUGCUUCCGACAAACGCCACCCAAACCUACAGUUCCUGUCACCGACUUGUGACUUAUUAUGUGUUUUGUUUGCAUUUCUAAUUGCAUUUCGAGAAUUUAACUAUUAUUUGUAAAUACCGUAAGUUAUAUAUUUGACAUCGUUUGCAACCAUUGAGAUAUAAAUGUCUAUUUAGCAGUUUUCUC